AAUACGUUCUUUCCUUUAUAAUUGUUCAAUGAUAUUAUAAUUUUUCAAAUCUCUCUCUCUCUCUCUCUCUUCCAUAAGAGUGAGUUUCAAGCUCAAAAAAGCAUAACCAAGCAAAGUUGUAAAGAAGCUUUCUCUAUCUCACUCACAUUUAUGCAGAUUCUCUAAACCACCCGUUUCCUCUGUUUUUUGGUUCCUCUCUCUUUUAUCAUUAUCCAAAAGAUAUGAAAGGCAUUGAUAUAUUCUGUGCAUCCCAAGCUUCAACAGCCAUAUGUUUAAGCAUGGAUCAAGCAUCAUCAUCAUCAUCAUCAAUUAUUCAGCUAGGCGGCCGAGCAAUCGACCGCCAUAAUCCCAUAAUCCGAGAUGAAAGAAGGAUCAGCAGGGCUCUGCCUUCAGCUCCUUGCUCUUCUCAAUCACCAAUCAAUCCAAGAGCUUACCAUCAACUCCAGAAGAGUACUAAGAAAAGCAACUCUUCAGCUAGGCAAAAAGAUCAAAGCAAAAGCUCGUCGAAAGAGAAUGAUCAGAAGAAGAAAAAGAAGAAGAAGAAGAGUAGUUCUAAUUCCAAGCAAGAAGAUGAUAGCAUCAAGAAAAGCAUUUCUACUACUCCAAGUGAUGGUAAUGUUAGGAGGAGCUUUGCUAAGCCUUUGGAUUUGAUUACUCCUCCUGGUUCAUCCAGAUACUUAUUAAGUGAUAAUAACUCGAUCCUUUUCGAUGAUUAUGAUCCUGUUUUGGCUUUGGCUUCUUUUGGAAAUAAGAAGAAUCAAAGUGUUGUGGAUCAAGAGGAAGCCAUUAAUGCUGCAAAAGAUGACUCUCCCUCUGAGUCCGAACCACAGGUUGUGGUGUUAAGGGUGUCUCUGCACUGCAAAGGCUGUGAAGGAAAAGUAAGGAAACAUCUAUCCAGAAUGAAAGGAGUAUCUUCCUACAACAUUGAUUUUGCUGCGAAGAAAGUGACAGUCGUAGGAGAUGUAACUCCGUUGAGUGUCUUGGCGAGCGUAUCAAAAGUAAAGACUGCACAGUUCUGGCCGGCACCGGCUGCCUCAUCGGCCGGUCCUGCCGCUACCAAUACAGAUAUCAAGAAAUAGGAAGAAGGUUAUUUUGAAGAAAGCAAAAUGGGGAAAAUACUAAAUUGGAUUUUUAUGUGAAUUAGAUGUUAAUCCUAGUGUAAAUUCCGUAUUGGAAAGGAUAGCCUAAUCAGAAUCUCCUUUCAUUUGGUAGGAACAAAAAAUGUAGUAAACUCUUAUGGUUCUCUUUUCCUAGUUAUAUGCUCUGUGUUGAUUUGGAACCUUUA